AUGAUUCUUGUGAUGUCAAAGCUUGCUUAUUGGAAGCAAAUUCUUGAAUAUUUGCAAAUUGAUAAACCUAUACCCAAACCAUUCAUUUUGCAGUAUGUUCUUGGAAACUAUUUCAAUGUUGUAUACUUUGGGACCAAAACUGAUAUCUUGAAUUGGAGCUGGUUUGAUGGGCAUAUUCAGAGGAUGAUACUUUAUGUGGUUACUACUACUUUGGUUACUAUUUUCUAUUUUAUAAAUGAUAGUUUGGCCUUUUUGACCACUCCUACACAGUCUUGUUUGAAUGUAAUAUCUCAUGAAUAUGCCCUUGGCUGUAAAAUACUCAAAUGUAAUUCACGAGUGACAAAUUGAUCUAAGUCUGCAAUAUCGUAGUUAGGAGUAUUUCAAUCAAUAAAAUUGACAUGAUACAUCCAAACUUGAGUGUAUAUUUGAUUCUACUUUGAAAGUUCAGAAUAGUUUGUUUUGCUUACUACUGAAACAAUGUAUUAAGAACCAGUAGACUUGUACCUUUUUGUACACAUUGUUUUGAAACUUGCCAGUUAUUGUUAUGUGGGUAUGUACUUUUGAUAAUUAAAUUUCUCAAUGCUAAUGUGAACAUUUUUACAAUUUUGUCAGUGUGUGAAAAAAUAUAUACUUAUUUCUCUAUCAAGUAAUAUAUGACUGUAACAAUAUUUACAAA